GCAGAGUAAAUGUUUGCAAAAGAGGAGUUCUCUCUCACCACAUUCUUCCUUCUUCUACCUCCUGCUCUCCCUCUCUUCUUUCUAGAGAUUUCUCUUCUUUCUAGAGACUUCUCUUCGGUUCUAUUCGAUUCGCACCAACAGAACUCGUUUACUUCAUCUCACUCACAGUCUAAAGAAGAUAUGAGGUCUGAUGCGCGUACGGGAACCCUGAAGUUUCUGUGUAGCUAUGGCGGCAAGAUUCUUCCCCGUCGAACCGAUGGUAAACUCCGUUACGUUGGUGGUCUUACCAGAGUUCUAGCCGUCGAUCGCUCUGUCUCGUAUUCCGAGUUAAUGGUGAAGCUUGGAGAAUUCUGUGGUUCUACCGUUACAUUGAAGUGCCAAUUGCCAGGCGGAGACUUGGAAACCUUGAUUUCUGUUAGAUCUGACGAAGAUUUGGCCAAUAUCGUCGAGGAAUACGAUCGUGCUUCUUCGUCGUUGUCGCAUCCUCUUCAAAUCAGAGCCAUUCUUUCGCCUCCGAAGUCUCUCAAGCAAAUCUCUCCUCCGUCGAGUGUGGACUUCACUCUUCCUAAUUCUCCAUGCCACGGCGUGGAUUCGCUCCCGAGCUCGCCGCAAUACGGAGUCAACGACCGGAUCUCUUCUCCUUCGUGCAGAUUCAGUCGUCAGAUCUCCUCCCCUCCUAAUAAAUACUUCGUCGGACCGCGAAAUUGCCAUGGAAGAACCUGUUGCCAUGGGAGCCCUAGGUUUUUGUACUCCAGCCCCCACUACGCUCACGGGAACUGAAGAUGAAUCCCUAAACUCGAGGCGAGGACUCCGCAUAUAUAAGUACAAACCCUAGGUAGACGAUGACGGGGGCAAAAAAAAAGAAGCUAAAACAGAACAAGAUAGUGUUUAGUUUUGGCUUGUGAUUGAUUGAGUGUUGGGAGAAAGCUUAAAAACUUUCGAAUUAAUUGGUUUGUGUGGUUGAAAAAAAAUUGAUUAAUCCGGCCGGAGUUUUGCGAGAGGAGGAGUUCUCAUUCUCAAUCUCAAUCUUAGUUCUUAAACUCCGUCACGGUGCCGCCGCACACGGUGCCCGUGAGUCGGCCUGAGGACUGUGCAAUCGGGCGUGCCACGUGGCCUUCAUUCACAAGUCUUUCUUAAUAUACACAUUUAAUUACCUUUUUGUGUAUAUUUUUGCGCCUUGAUUUGCGUUGCGAUACCCUCUGGCGUUAGAGGACGAAUCUUCUGAACCGAUGCAGCCUCCCCAUUCUUGUUCGACACGUAUCAAAAUUCCGUCGGCUUCGUAAUCCCUGCCAACUUCAUACGUGUCUCCCAUCAAACGUGUGAGUUUCUUCUUUUAUUUUAUUCUUUUUAUUUUUUAUUUUUCUUUAACGACGGUUUCAUUGUUUUGGAUUUGCAGUUUCUCGUGAGGCGAAGAUGACUUGGGAUUCGAUUCCGAUUCCGAUUCCGAUUCCAGGAGUUGUUGAAAUAUAAUUAAAAAAUCAUUAAUUGAAAAUUAUGUUAAGAAAGAAAUCCACAUAGGGUUGUGGGGGUAAUAAAUUUGGAGAGAAAUUGGAAGAGCCA